CCUCACCUCCCUCCUCCUUCCCGGAGCUUUUCCCGGCGGGGCGGUCAGGUCCGAAGCGCAGAAGCUUCCCGGCCAUGGCUCGUCUACUCAGCAGGGAUCCCCUGGACAUCGAGAAUCUUCUGGGCUUAAAUCCUCGAAUACGAUCUCACGCUACUGUACGUUCCACAGCAGCAAAGAAGCAAGACAAGAAGCACUGGAAAAGAAACCUUGAUAAGAACUGCUUUGACUGUGAGAAACUGGAAAAUAAUUUUGAUGACAUCAAGCAUACGACUCUUGGUGAGCGAGGAGCACUGCGAGAAGCAAUGAGAUGCUUGAAGUGUGCAGAUGCUCCCUGUCAGAAGAGCUGCCCUACUCAUCUAGACAUCAAAUCUUUUAUCACCAGUAUUGCAAAUAAGAACUACUAUGGAGCUGCUAAAAUGAUCUUUUCUGACAACCCUCUGGGUCUCACCUGUGGAAUGGUCUGCCCAACUUCGGACCUCUGUGUAGGAGGAUGCAAUUUGUAUGCAACCGAGGAAGGACCAAUUAACAUCGGUGGCUUGCAGCAGUUCGCUACAGAGGUAUUCAAAGCUAUGAAUAUCCCACAAAUCAGAAACCCUUCCCUGCCUCCCCCAGAAAAGAUGCCUGAAGUUUUUUCUGCGAAGAUUGCUCUUCUUGGCGCCGGGCCUGCAAGUAUAAGCUGCGCCUCUUUCCUGGCUCGCUUAGGCUACUCGGACAUCACUAUCUUUGAAAAACAGAAGUAUGCUGGUGGUUUAAGUAUGUCUGAAAUCCCUCAGUUCCGCCUGCCAUUUGAUGUAGUGAAUUUUGAGAUUGAACUCAUGAAGGACCUUGGAGUGAAGAUAAUUUGUGGCAAAAGCCUUUCAGUGAACGGACUAACCAUCCAAACUCUUAAGGAGGAAGGUUAUAAAGCUGCCUUUAUUGGAAUAGGUCUGCCGGAACCAAACAAGGAUAGCAUUUUCCAAGACCUGAGUGUGGAUCAGGGAUUCUACACCUCAAAAGACUUUUUGCCACUGGUGGCCAAAGCAAGCAAGCCAGGAAUGUGUGCCUGUCGCUCUCCAUUGCCAUCGAUCCAGGGAGCCGUGAUUGUUCUUGGAGCUGGGGACACCGCAUUUGACUGUGCGACAUCUGCUUUACGCUGUGGAGCUCGCCGCGUGUUUGUGGUCUUCCGAAAGGGCUUUGUUAACAUAAGAGCCGUCCCAGAGGAGAUGGAACUUGCCAAGGAAGAAAAGUGUGAAUUUUUGCCUUUCCUCUCCCCACGGAAGGUUAUAUUGAAAGGUGGGCGAAUUGUUGCUAUGCAGUUUGUUCGGACAGAGCAAGAUGAAACUGGAAAAUGGAAGGAAGAUGAAGAUCAGAUCGUCCAGCUGAAAGCAGACGUGGUCAUCAGUGCCUUUGGUUCGAUGUUAAGUGAUCCUCAAGUUAAAGAGGCCUUGGCUCCUAUCAAAUUUAACCGAUGGGGUCUCCCAGAAGUGGAUCCAGAAACGAUGCAAACUAGCGAACCAUGGGUGUUUGCGGGCGGUGACCUUGCCGGUCUGGCAAACACUACUGUGGAGUCGGUCAAUGAUGGAAAACAGGCUUCCUGGUACAUACACAAAUACCUGCAGUCGCAGUACGGAGCAGUGGUCUCAGCCAAGCCUGAGCUACCUGUCUUUUGCACGCCUAUCGAUCUCGUGGACAUUAGCGUAGAAAUGGCUGGGCUGAAGUUUCCAAACCCUUUUGGCCUCGCCAGUGCAACCCCAGCGACCAGCGCAUCGAUGAUCCGUCGCUCUUUCGAAGCCGGAUGGGGCUUUGCUUUGACAAAGACAUUCUCCCUUGAUAAGGACAUCGUGACUAAUGUUUCACCGAGGAUCAUCCGAGGCACCACUUCGGGUCCUAUGUACGGGCCAGGGCAGAGCUCCUUCCUGAACAUCGAGCUCAUCAGCGAAAAAACGGCUGCGUAUUGGUGUCGAAGUGUCACCGAGCUGAAAGCCGACUUUCCAGACAACAUUGUAAUUGCUAGCAUCAUGUGUACUUACAACAAAGAUGACUGGACUGAGCUUUCCAAAAUGGCUGAGGCUUCUGGAGCAGAUGCCCUGGAGUUAAAUUUAUCCUGUCCACACGGCAUGGGAGAGAGAGGAAUGGGUUUGGCCUGCGGGCAGGAUCCAGAACUGGUCAGGAAUAUCUGUCGCUGGAUUAGGCAAGCUGUUCGGAUUCCAUUCUUCGCCAAGUUGACCCCAAAUGUCACUGACAUCGUCAGUAUUGCAAAGGCUGCAUAUGAAGGUGGUGCAGAUGGCGUCACAGCGACCAAUACCGUCUCAGGCUUGAUGGGACUCAAAGCUGAUGGCACUCCCUGGCCUGCAGUUGGUGCUGGGAAGAAGACUACAUAUGGUGGUGUGUCUGGAACUGCAAUCAGACCUAUAGCCCUGAGAGCCGUAUCAGCUAUCGCUCGGGCUUUGCCUGGAUUUCCCAUUUUGGCCACUGGUGGAAUUGACUCGGCUGAGAGCGGUCUCCAGUUUCUUCAUAGUGGUGCAUCAGUGCUGCAGGUGUGUAGUGCAGUUCAGAAUCAGGAUUUCACCGUGAUCGAAGACUACUGCACAGGAUUGAAAGCCUUGCUUUACCUAAAGAGCAUCGAGGAACUAAAUGCCUGGGAUGGACAGAGUCCCGUGACUGAGCGCCACCAGAAAGGAAAGCCGGUUCCUCGCAUUGCUGAGCUCACAGGAAAGAAACUCCCCAGUUUUGGACCGUAUUUGGAGCAACGGAGAAAGAUCAUAGCUGAGAACAAGCUUAAACUGAAAGAACAAGAUGAGGCUUCUUCACUGCCAGAGAAAAAGUAUUUUGUUCCGAAGAAACCCAUUCCAGCAGUGAAGGAUGUAAUCGGAAAAGCCCUGAAAUAUAUCGGAACAUUUGGGGAUCUUAACAAAAUCGAACACGUUGUGGCCCUGAUUGAUGAAGAAAUGUGCAUCAACUGUGGUAAAUGCUACAUGACUUGCAAUGACUCUGGCUAUCAGGCUAUACAGUUUGAUCCAGAAACCCACCUGCCCACUGUUGCUGACAGUUGUACAGGCUGCACUUUGUGUCUCAGUGUAUGCCCUAUUAUUGACUGCAUCAGAAUGGUUUCCAGGACAACACCUUAUGAACCAAAGAGAGGCUUGCCCUUAGCUGUGAAUCCAGUGUGUUAAGGUGAUUAGUUGAACGGUUCUUGUAAACGCCACAAUCUCUUGCCGAUGCCAAUAGGUUUUCUAAUUACAGUCACUAUUUUUAAAUCUUCCUGUGCUAAACAUGCUCAUGACCAAGCUAUCAAUGGCCAUGCUAAAUGAUGAUUAUUUUCUGAGAAAAGUUUUCUAAUACUUAAGCUGCCCGGGAAUAAUAGAAGGUUCACUGUCAAUUGUCCAUUGAGAAAAACAUUAACUUUUCUUCGGUAAUUAGUGCUACAGUUUCAAAAUUACCCUAUCCUGUGAUCUGUCUUUAAUGCCUAAUUGUGUAUUUUGGAACAACGUACACUGCAGCAUACCAGAAAACCGUUACCAAGGAAACAUUUUAUAAUUAAAAAUUACAUUUAAUUUUAACACUGUUUCUCAUGAAAUGUAAUUAGCUACAUAAAGAAACAAACAGAUGAAAUAAAUCGGACCCUGAUUGUGCUCUAGGACACAAAUCUUAAGACAGGGAUAUAAAAUUAUGUUAAGCACUUUAAAUUUUGAUAGAAUGUUUUUAAUAUGCCUGAUAUUUGGCUACAUAUAUAUCUUUGAAAUGUGCACUUUAAAAAGCUAUCGUAUUUCCUGGGCUUGGUGUACGACUCAGAUUUUAAAAAUAUCUAAAUUCUCCAAAUGAAGACAAUUGUCCUAAAAUGUUAUUACAAAAUGAGAUAUUAGUGAAUGCACUGCCUAUAAAUCCACUUUUCCUGCUCCACAUCCCUCCCUCUGCAUAAGUAUUUUCUAAUGCACGUACCAAUUAAUGCUUGAGCAAACUAUAGAUUAAGCAGUUGGUCAUGUUUCCUCCCAAAUGAAAAAAAUAUGAGUCUCAGAAAUAUGUGGCACAUUUGCUGGACCAGUUUGCCUUAUAUUUCAUUCUUAGGAGACAUGUUUAGGAAUAGAAAUUCUAGAGUCAAGAGGAAAUAUAGAUUGCUGGACUUGCGAAACAGUAUUUUAGAUUUAACCUAAUUUUCAAGCCCAGUAGGACUGUAUGUGCAUCCCCAAUCAUUGCUAAGCUACGGCUGAAUCAAUCUAAAUUCAAAGACAAAGUGGAGGUAAGCGAGGACGUCACCUCUGUGAAAUACUGAGAUUCCAAAAAUCAGCAUUUCUGAUUGUGCACAUGCCUUAACUUUAUUCAACACAGCAUAUGACUCUGAAUUCCAAAUGUAUGAAAUAAAAGCAGCUUUAAGCAAGA